AGACAACAUUUUCGUCCUACCCCAGUGACCAUGUUCGGUAAGCGAACGGUACCGGAGAGUCGUCCCUCGGACAGAGCGCCUGAUGAAGUCCCCACUGUCAAAGAGGGCGAAACGGUGAUUGCAGACCGUGAACUGGAAACCGGCCCACACAAGCCGUACCGGCCCGCCCGAUGGCAGAGCAACCUGACCAUCGUCAGCUGUUAUAUCGCCAACUUCAGCGAUGGAUUUCAGAAUCAACUCGCCAACCCAACCAAUGUCAUUUUCACUCACCUCCUUGGUAAAUCCGGCUAUCCAGCCGAGAUGAAGACCCGAAUCAGCAACUCACUGCUUAUCGGCGCCAUCCUGGGAGUCCUCGCACUGGGCUACAUCUCGGACAUGAUCUCCCGUCGAGCUGGUCUCCUCUUCACCUCCGGUCUAGUGACCGUCAGCACCCUGAUGGCAGCCGUGGCGCUGGACGUACACCCAUCCCAAAACAUGUUGUGGUACUUUGUGAUCGUGCGCGGGAUCUGUGGCUUCGGCGUGGGCGGAGAAUACCCUCCCAGUGCAGCAGCAGGACUCGAGGAAUCCGACGAUUUCAAACGCCGCUACCGCGGGCCCGUCUUCGUGUCCUUCACGACUCUAAUGGCAACGCUCGCCUCCCCGAUUUUAAUGAUAAUCUAUCUCAUCUGCCUUAAGGCCAGCAACAAUAACCUCCCCGUCACCUUCCACGCAAUCUACUCGAUCGCAACCAUCCUCCCAGCAGUAAUCAUGGUUCUCCGCUUCUUCAUGACAGACUCGACCCUAUACCACAACAGCAACUUCAAACACCAACGCAAGCCCCUGCGUUUCUACUACCUCCUCGCGCGCCGCUACUGGCGCCGCCUCGCCCUCACCUCGCUCGCCUUUUUCCUGUAUGAUUUCAUCAACUUCCCCAACAGCAUCAUGUCCAGCAGCAUCAUCUCCUCGAUGGUAAAAGACGGCAACCUGCAGACCACAGCCACAUGGCAGGUGAUCCUGGCGGUGCUGCCCGUGCCCGGCGUGCUGGUGGGCGCGUUUCUGACCAACGCCAUCGGGCGCCGGUGGACGGGCAUCGCGGGCUUUGCGGGCUACGUCGUGCUGGGGUUCAUCAUCGGGGGCUGUUACAAGCUUCUGUCGCGGCAUAUCGCCGCCUUUGUGGUCCUGUACGGCCUGCUGCAGGCGUUCGGACACAUGGGCCCCGGUGCUACGAUCGGCCUGAUCAGCAGCGAGUCGUUCCCCACGGCGAUGCGCGGCAUGGGGUACAGUAUCGCCACGGCGUUCGGGCGGACUGGCGCGGCGGUCGGGACGGAGUGCUUCACGCCUUUGCAGGACGCUGCGGGGGAUAGCGCGACGUUCUAUCUGUUGGCUGGGGUGGCGGUGCUGGGAAUGGUCGUGUAUUGGUUUUUGCCGGAGAGUGGCGAGUUGAACCUCGAGGAGGAGGAUCGGGAGCUGGAGAAGUAUUUGGGUAUGCACGGAUUUGUUAUGGAGAAGGGUUGUUGA